GCCGCAGCCAAUGGGCGGGCUCGCGAGCACGGCCGGCGCAGCCAGCCCCAGGGCGGAGAGCCGGGAGCGGAGCGUGGCGGUGGUUCCGCCCUCUCUCCCUCUCAGUCGGCGGGCGGGGGGGCUGGCAUUCCCCCUCCCCGCCUCCCUGUCCCCGCCCGGCCGGCCUCCCUCUCUCUCUUUUCCUUUCGCAGCAAUGGCGGCGGCGGAGCAGGAGCAGUUCUACCUUCUCCUGGGUAACCUGCUCAGUCCAGACAAUGCGGUCCGCAAGCAGGCUGAGGAGACAUAUGAGAAUAUUCCAGGUCAAUCUAAGAUCACAUUUCUCCUACAAGCAAUCAGGAAUACUGCUGCUGCUGAGGAGGCUAGACAAAUGGCAGCUGUCCUUCUACGUCGUCUUUUGUCCUCUGCUUUUGAAGAAGUUUAUCCAGCUCUUUCACCUGAUGAUCAGACCUCUAUCAAAAGUGGAUUGCUGUUGAUUAUUCAGUUGGAAACACAGUCCAGCAUGAGAAAAAAAAUCUGUGACAUAGUUGCUGAAUUGGCCAGGAAUUUAAUAGAUGAAGAUGGCAACAACCAGUGGCCAGAAGUUCUGAAAUUCUUAUUUGAUUCUGUCAGCUCUCAGAAUGUGGGUCUGCGUGAGGCUGCUCUACAUAUUUUCUGGAAUUUUCCGGGGGUUUUUGGCAAUCAGCAGCAACACUAUUUGGAGGUCAUUAAGAGAAUGCUGGUUCAGUGUAUGCAAGAUCAAGAGCAUCCAUCAAUCAAGACUCUGUCUGCUAGAGCUGCAGCUGCAUUUGUACUUGCUAAUGAGCACAAUCUUCCCCUGCUUAAACAUUUUGCAGACUUGCUACCUGGAAUCUUGCAGGCUGUUAAUGAUUCCUGCUACCAAAAUGACGAUUCUGUCCUGAAAUCCCUUGUAGAAAUUGCAGAUUCUGUUCCCAAGUAUUUACGACCACAGUUAGAGCCUACAUUGCAACUAAGUCUGAAGCUGUGUGCAGAUGCCAGUCUCAGUAACAUGCAGCGUCAGUUGGCACUUGAAGUAAUUGUGACCUUGUCAGAAACUGCUGCUGCUAUGCUGAGGAGGCAUACCAACAUCGUUGCACAAGCCAUUCCUCAAAUGUUAGCAAUGAUGGUUGACUUGGAAGAAGAUGAAGACUGGGCAAAUGCAGAUGAGCUUGAAGAUGAUGAUUUUGACAGCAAUGCAGUUGCUGGUGAGAGUGCACUGGACAGGAUGGCAUGUGGCCUCGGAGGAAAACUUGUUUUACCUAUGAUUAAAGAACAUAUUAUGCAGAUGCUUCAGAAUCCUGACUGGAAAUACAGGCAUGCUGGCUUGAUGGCGCUCUCAGCCAUUGGAGAAGGUUGCCAUCAACAGAUGGAAGGAAUUUUAAAUGAGAUAGUUAAUUUCGUUUUGCUGUUCCUUCAGGAUCCUCAUCCAAGAGUAAGAUACGCUGCUUGUAAUGCUAUUGGACAAAUGGCAACUGACUUUGCACCUGGUUUUCAAAAGAAAUUUCAUGAGAAGGUGAUAGCAGCUCUUCUGCAAACCAUGGAGGAUCAAGGCAACCAGCGUGUUCAAGCCCACGCAGCUGCAGCACUCAUAAACUUCACUGAAGAUUGUCCUAAGUCGCUGCUUAUUCCGUAUUUGGAUAAUCUAGUGAAGCAUCUUCAUUCCACUAUGGUGAUAAAAUUACAAGAGUUGAUACAGAAAGGCACUAAGCUAGUUUUGGAGCAAGUUGUGACUUCAAUUGCAUCAGUUGCAGAUACAGCAGAGGAGAAGUUUGUUCCCUACUAUGAUUUAUUUAUGCCCUCUCUAAAACACAUUGUUGAGAAUGCUGUUCAGAAGGAAUUAAGACUUUUACGAGGAAAAACUAUUGAAUGCAUCAGCCUAAUUGGUCUUGCUGUUGGUAAAGAAAAGUUUAUGCAGGAUGCAUCAGAUGUAAUGCAGCUGUUAUUGAAGACACAAACAGACUUCAGUGAUCUAGAAGAUGAUGAUCCACAGAUUUCUUACAUGAUCUCAGCAUGGGCCAGAAUGUGCAAGAUUCUUGGAAAGGAAUUUCAGCAGUACCUUCCUGUUGUCAUGGGACCUUUAAUGAAGACUGCGUCCAUAAAACCUGAAGUAGCUCUUUUAGACACACAAGAUAUGGAAAAUAUGAGUGAUGAUGAUGGUUGGGAAUUUGUAAAUCUAGGAGAUCAGCAAAGUUUUGGAAUUAAAACUGCAGGCCUUGAAGAAAAAGCAACUGCAUGCCAGAUGCUGGUUUGCUAUGCAAAAGAGCUAAAAGAAGGAUUUGUGGAGUACACAGAACAAGUUGUAAAGCUGAUGGUUCCUUUGUUGAAGUUCUAUUUCCAUGAUGGUGUUCGAGUGGCAGCAGCAGAGUCAAUGCCCCUGCUUCUUGAAUGUGCUAGAGUUCGUGGGCCAGAGUACCUCACACAGAUGUGGCACUUCAUGUGUGAUGCGCUCAUCAAAGCCAUUGGAACAGAACCAGAUUCAGAUGUCCUCUCAGAAAUAAUGCAUUCUUUUGCAAAGUGCAUUGAUGUAAUGGGAGAUGGAUGCCUUAACAAUGAACACUUUGAAGAACUUGGAGGAAUAUUGAAAGGAAAACUAGAAGAGCACUUUAAAAACCAAGAAUUAAGACAAGUGAAAAGACAAGAUGAAGACUACGAUGAACAAGUUGAAGAGUCAUUACAAGAUGAGGAUGACAAUGACGUUUAUGUUUUGACUAAAGUAUCGGACAUUUUGCACUCAAUAUUCAGCAGUUACAAGGAGAAGGUACUCCCGUGGUUUGAAAGGCUACUUCCACUAAUUGUCAACCUAAUCUGUCCACAUAGGCCGUGGCCUGACAGGCAGUGGGGGCUAUGCAUUUUUGACGAUAUUGUCGAGCACUGCAGCCCCUCCUCGUUCAAGUACGCUGAAUACUUCCUGAGGCCAAUGCUCCAGUCAAUAUGUGACAACAGCCCAGAGGUUAGGCAAGCAGCUGCCUAUGGUGUUGGAGUUAUGGCACAAUUUGGCGGAGACAGCUAUCGUCCUUUUUGCACAGAGGCGCUUCCAUUGCUGGUGAGAGUCAUUCAGUCACCGGAUGCCAAAACCAAAGAGAAUGUCAAUGCAACAGAGAACUGCAUUUCAGCUGUAGGAAAGAUAAUGAAGUUCAAGCCUGACUGUGUAAAUGUUGAAGAAGUCCUGCCACACUGGUUAUCAUGGCUUCCUCUUCAUGAAGAUAAAGAAGAAGCUGUUUAUACUUUCAAUUAUCUGUGUGACUUGAUUGAGAGCAACAACCCAGUUGUCCUCGGUCCCAACAAUUCCAACCUUCCCAGAAUAUUUGGUAUAAUAGCAGAUGGUGAAAUUCAUGAAGCUAUUAAACAUGAAGAUCCAUGUAUCAAGCGGUUGGCUAAUGUUGUGCGCCAAGUGCAGACAUCUGGACAACUGUGGACAGAAUGCAUAUCACAGCUCAAUGCAGAUCAACAGGCAGCCAUACAGGAGCUACUGAACUCUGCUUGAAGGGCCUUAAUUAUCACCUGCAAGAAAACUAACUCCAAAUAAACGUUUACCCUACUGUU